AACCACACGGAACCAGAAGAUGAUACACGAAUUUCAGGAUUUCUUCUUCUGGUGUUCUCAGUGGACCCAGAAUUGCAGCCCAUCCUCUUUGGGCUGUUCCUGGCCAUGCACCUGACCACCGUGCUGGACCUGCUCAUCAUCCUGGCCGUCAGCUCAGACUCCCACCUGCACACCCCCAUGUACUUCUUCUUGUCCAACCUGUCCUUUGCAGACAUCUGUUUUGUGUCCACCACUGUCCCACAGAUGCUGGUGAAUGUGCAGACACAGAGCAAAGUCAUAUCCUAUGCAGGCUGCAUCACCCAGAUGUACUUUUUCAUACUCUUUGUGGGGUUGGACAGCUUCCUCCUGACCGUGAUGGCCUAUGACCGGUUUGUGGCCAUCUGUCACGCCCUACACUACACGGUCAUCAUGAGCCUCAGGCUCUGCGGGCUUCUUGUUCUGGGGUCCUGGAUCAUGGGUGUCCUGCAUUCCUCAUUACAUAGCUUAAUGGUGUUGCGGCUAACCUUCUGUAUGGACUUGGAAAUCCCCCACUUUUUCUGUGAACUUAAUCAGAUAAUCCACCUUGCCUGUUCUGACACCUUUCUUAAUGACGUAGUGAUGUAUUUGGCACCUAUGCUGCUGGGUGGGGGGUGUCUUAUUGGGAUGCUUUACUCUUACUCUAAGAUAGUUUCCUCCGUACAUGCAAUCUCCUCGGCUCAGGGGAAGUGUAAAGCAUUUUCCACCUGUGCAUCUCACCUCUUGGUUGUCUCCUUAUUUUACUGCACAAGCCUAGGGGUGUACCUCGGCUCUGCUGCUACACACAACUCACACUCCAGUGCAACAGCAUCGGUGAUGUACACAGCGGUCACUCCCAUGCUGAGCCCCUUCAUCUACAGCCUGAGGAAUAAAGACAUAAAGAGGGCUCUGAAGGAUUCUUUGGGAGGGAAACUAGAACAGGUCCAAUUGUCCUGGGGCUGAAGGUAGACCCAUGAUGGCAGGGCCCAAAGCCCCAGAGCCAGAGAUGGCUAUUGUUUAAUCAGAUCACAGAUGUAGAAAUUAUUCAUUCUCUUUAUUUCCUGAAGUUUCCAUUUCUUUGAACUCAACUGCUUUAUCAAAUUUAAGCAACUUCCUUUAUGAAGGUUUCUGCUCUCUCUGAUAUUAAAUAGAUUUUUUUCCCUCUGUCAUUUUCCUACCUUCCCAAGAUUAUUCCUAACCUUGGGACAGAAACAAUUUGGAGAUUCCUAUUUGUUCCAAAGAGUGAUGAGUUGUCAAAGACCUGUGGAAUAAACUGCAAUUGACAACUGAGGCCAUUUAUACAAUUUUAUUGGAGAAGAAUUUCUGAGGCCACAGUUUUUUUCACUUUGUGUCUGCCAUUUAUGUUUUUGUUAAUAUGUUUAAUUUUAUGGAUACAUCACAGUUGUACA